AUGGCGACCGCGGGAGGGCGAGCGCCGCCGCCCGCCACCCGCACGGUAAGCAGCCCCGGGGCUGGGUCCCGCCUUGCUCGGCCCGGCCCGGGCCUUCCCCUGCCCGCACCAGGCCGCGGCGCAGGCCCCGAGGAGGCCGCAGCUAGGCCGCGCCAGGGCUCCGGCAAAAGAGCGGGCCGCGGGGACCGGGACGGCGGGUUCGGCGCGGCCUUGGGCAACGGGGGCGGCGGCGUGAGGGGAGCGGAAGCGGGGAGGUUGCGGACCCGGGGGGGGGGAAGGCGGGCGAGGUCGGUGCCAGGCCCCGGGCCCGGCCGAGGGUGUAAGGGGGGGGGGGGGGGGUUCGGAGAGCGUCUGGAGGAGGAGACAAAAUGGCGGCGUGCGGGGGGGGGGGACGAGAGGGAGGGAGGGAGGGAGGCGGAGGGCGCCGGGCGCCAUCUUGAAUUAAUCGCUCGCCAGAGCCCGUGCCUCAGCGCAGGCCGGGCCGGAGGGGGGAGCCCCUGGCCCCGCUCAUCGCAGCUGCGGGCCGCAAGCUCCGAAGAGGGAGAGCCCGUAGCCUCCCCACCCCCCUCCGCCGCUUCUCCCUCCUCCCCGCCUGCCAGCCAGCGAGUCGCAGGGGAGCUCGGCGCUUUCCGGCCCAUGGCGGCUUCCUGUGCGGCCGCGCCAGGGCUGCCAGCCGCGGCCCCCCCCCCACGCUCCUGCCGCGGCCUCCUCUCCUCUCCCCUUCUCUUCUCCCGGCCGGGAAUUCGAGCAGCGGUGAGAGGUUUCGUUAAAGAAUUAGCUUGGGUGUCGCCCGGCUCGCAACAUCCCCGUGAAAUCUGGACAAAACCCGUUUCUUUAACCAGUUUUUGCAAAUACCGAACUACAACAAAGAGGAAAAGACUUGAGAUUUCUUACGAAAUCGCACUGAAAGCAGCAGUCCUGAUUCUCCUGCCAAAACUGAGGGAGAUGCAUCAAGAAAUAAACAACUAAAUGAUUACACCGUCA